AUGACCGGAGAAGUCGACAGCUGCGGCCAUGAUUUUCUAGGAUUACUUGUAAAUGUCUAUCAUGAUUCGGAUGAGAAAAACAGGUUUUUGAUACAAGAUAUAGUAGAUGAGUGUAAAACUUUCUAUUUUGCUGGGCAAGAAACAACCAAUUCCUUGCUUGCAUGGAUAACCCUACUUUUAGCAAUACAUACAGAUUGGCAAGACAAAGCAAGAGCAGAGGUUACCAUGAUUGUUAAUGAAACUUUACGGCUCUAUCCUCCUCUAAAUGGCGUGGUAAGAAAGGCAGUAAGAGAUGUCCAAUUAGGAGAACUUGCCCUACCUAAUUAUUUAGACCUCAACAUCCGAUUCAUAGCACUCCACCAUGACCCUGCCGUAUGGGGAGAUGAUGUUCAUCUUUUCAAACCAGAAAGGUUUGCUGAAGGGAUUGCCAAAGCUACUAACAACAAUGCAGCUGCAUUUAUGCCCUUUGGAUUGGAACCUCGAUCUUGCGUUGGAAUGAGCUUUGCAAUCACUGAAACCAAAAUCGCCCUUUCCAUGAUUCUGCAACGCUACACUUUCACCCUUUCCCCUACCUAUGUUCACGCACCUUUACCAAAUCUUUCACUCAAGCCACAACAUGGGCUUCAUUUGUUGUUUCAUUCACUACAUUAA